UAGGUGAACCCACAUGGCUCUGGGUGAAGCAUUACUUUUUUUUUACGGAACUUGGAGCACGUGAGAUGCAUGAAUUGCUGAUCCACCGAAAGUCGAAAUCGAGCACUUUUGGGAACAUCGCGAAUUGACAAGUUGACUUACUUUAAACGAGACAGAAAUACGGCGCCUGAGACGAGUAAUAACUGGUCGUCCAGUGGACAACAGUAAUGGCUAGCGCCCUGCGUUAUCACGAAAAAGUUGUAAUCGUGACAGGUGGAUCCAGAGGUAUUGGAAGGGGGAUUGUCAGAGUGUUUGUUCAAAACGGAGCCAAAGUUGUCUUCUGUGCCCUAGGUGUGGAGGCUGGCCAGACUUUGGAGACAGAGCUUAAUAAUGCGGGACCAGGAUUGUGCUUGUUCGUGCAUUGUGACAUCUCAAAAGAGGAUGACAUUAAACGGCUAAUCACAGUGUGUGUCGAGCGGUUUGGCAGAAUAGAUUGUUUGGUCAACAAUGCAGGAUGGCACCCCCCCCAUAAGCCCACUGACGAGACUUCUGCACAGGAGUUCAGAGACCUACUCAACCUGAACCUCGUCAGCUACUUCCUUGGGGCAAAGUACGCCCUGCCUUACCUGCGACAGACAAAGGGGAACAUCAUUAAUGUGUCCAGCCUGGUGGCUUCCAUUGGCCAGAAACACGCUGCACCGUAUGUCGCAACCAAGGGGGCGAUUGUUGCCAUGACUAAAGCUAUGGCUGUAGACGAGAGUCGCUACCAAGUCAGAGUGAACUGCAUCUCUCCAAGCAAUAUAAUGACGCCUUUAUGGGAGGAACUAGCAGAACACACAGCAGAUGCUUCUGGUGCCAUUAAAGAGGGAGAGAAUGCUCAGUUGGUUGGUCGUAUGGGCACAGAGACAGAGUGUGGUUUGGCUGCCCUGUUCUUAGCAGCUGAUGCAACAUUCUGCACAGGGAUCGACUUGUUUCUCAGUGGGGGGGCGGAGCUUAACUACAGCCAUAAAAGCCAGAUUCCUUGAUCUGGAAUGCGUCCAUUACACGGAGGUGAUCUGAAAUACUGAAGUUCGGAUUGGUGUAUGUGCAGUAAGGCUUUUCAUCUGUUGCUGAGACAACUGGCGAUUUUUCUUUCUUUUUCUCUUUUAAUGGAGUUACUGAGAAACUAAUUACCUUUUGUCAAAUCAGUUUUUAUUUCCAUGUUUCUUGGCAGUUGACACAUCAUAAUUCAUUCCAAAUUCACAGUUCUUACUGAUAUUAAUGACUCAAAAUGAGAAUGUCCUCACUUUGCAUUUAUUUUUACAUGUCUUUGCUUUCUAAUGUAUGUUUAACACUUAUUACAAAUAAAGAAGAUGUUUCUUACA